AUGAGUGAUGGGGGAAGUAAGCCACGUGCUGGUAAGAUGGGGACAUCUAUCCGAGCUUCCAGCAUUUCUGAAGAGGCCAUUGCUAGUGCUGAAAAUGAGCUUUCUGUGAUGAUUGAAAAAUUAAGUAAUACACGCAAAAGAAUUGCUGAUGCUGUGCAACAUUACCAGGCUACCGAAAAAGCAAUUUCCCACAUGGAGAUGGAAUUAGCAAAUAGUCAAAAAGAGUUAAUCGAUCAGGAUAGAGCAAAGCAUGACUAUGAACAACUGAAAAAAACUGUUGAUGAACUGCGGGCAUCUGAUCAGAAUGUCGAGUUGGUAAAAGAGCUGAAACUACGAAAAAAAGAGUUGGAAGGAGCCGUGGGUGAAUCCACCAAGGAUUCUGAUGUGUUUAAGAGAGUGCCUCAGAUAGCAGUAGUUGUUAUAGAUGUAGAUGUUGCUGAUGGGGAUGCUGUUGUCAAUGUUUACAUAAACCAUGAGAAGAAGUUUGCCUUUGUGGAGAUGAGAUCUGUUGAGGAGGCCAGUAAUGCCAUGGCCUUAGAUGGAAUUCUUUUUGAGGAGCCUCACUUACUGCAACGUGGUUUUGGAGAUAUUUUUUGCAUAUCCACUCAUUAUGGUGAAUCACCUUUGAGCUAUAAACAUGCUAAGACAUUGGUUCAAUAUCAGUUGCCAAUGGUGAUUAUAGUGUUUAACAAUAGUGGUGUAUAUGGUGGUGACUGGAGGAACCCUGAAGAAAUUACAGGACCUUACAAGGAUGAUCCUGCACCGACUUCUUUUGUCCCUGGUGCUGGAUAUCAUCUUCUAAUUGAAGCUUUUGGGGGAGGAGUUAUCUUGUUGGGACACCUGAUGAACUCAAAUCGGCGCUUUCUGAAGCUUUUUCUACACGAAAGACUGAUGUCAUAA